AAAAACUUUAUCAUCAGUACGCUAUAGCAUCCGACUGAAGUGCCGGCGUUUGCACUUACUUAUUGAUAAGUCACUAUUAGUGACAUUUAGGUUAGAGUUAAGUGAUAUUAGUGUAAUUUAAUAACAAAAGAUGGCGUUCAAGUCAUUAUCGGGAGUUAUUCUUCUCAGCUGUUUCGUUGUCCUCGCCUCAUCAGCUGGCACCAGGAACCUGCCGAAGCGCAAGCCCGCGCCCCCCGCGCGCGCCGAGCCCGAGCGAGACGCAGAGAUCACCAACUCCUGUCCUGACGACGGCUUCUUCGCUGAUGCGGAGCAGUGCGACAAGUACUAUGAGUGCAGAAACGGCGAGAUCAUCGAGAAGCUGUGCCCGGACGGCAUGGUGUUCAACGACUACAGCCCCGACCAGGAGAAGUGCGACCUGCCCUUCAACCUGGACUGCAGCCAGCGGCCCAAGCUACAGACCCCAAUCCCAGCCCUGCACUGCCCGCGUCAAAACGGAUACUUCUCACACGAGGACCCCAAGGAGUGCGGCAAGUUCUACUACUGCGUGGACGGGAAAUUCAACAGUAUCACCUGCCCCGAUGGUCUAGUUUACAACGACAAGACCGGUAUCUGCACCUGGGCUGAUGAGGCCAAGAAGAAGGGCUGUGGCGCUGCUGACGUGUUCGCCUUCGACUGCCCGGCCGUGAACGAGACGUUCGGCCAGACGCACCCGCGCUACGCCGACCCCGAGGACUGCCAGUUCUUCUACGUCUGCAUCAAUGGACACACGCCCCGGCGCUCCGGCUGCAAGCUGGGCCAGGCCUUCGAUGAUGUGCAGAAGAGAUGCGAGUGGGCGCGGAAAGUGCCUGAGUGCGCUGACUGGUACAAGGGCCAGCUGACGGACGCUGAGCUGGAGGCUCUGGAGAACCCGCCCACGGUGAAGCCCAAGCCCGCCGGCUCGCAACCCUCGCGCCGCAAGCCCCAACGCCCCAGGGCCAAAGCCGCCGAGAGUGCUGACGAGGAUUAGAUCAUAGACAAUUAAUAUAGCUUUUUUACAAUUCAUAA